AUGAAAUCCUUGGCCAAGGAAUGGGUAGAAUGCUGCCCCACUUGUCAAGCUAAUUGCUGUCCCCACGCACCCGUCAUCACCCUAAAACCCUUAGAAGUUCCCCCUUUCCCAUUCCACACAAUCUCCUAUGACUUCAUCACAGGGUUCCCCAAGUCUCAGGGUCACAACACCAUCUUAGUGGUUAUAGACUCUUUUUCCAAAUUUGGUCACUUCAUCCCCACCUCAAAAAAGGUUACAGCCAAAGGACUGGCAGAUCUGUUUAUCAGUCAUGUUUGGAAACUCCACGGGUUACUGGUCAAAACAGUCUCUGACCGCAGAACAACCUUCACAGGAAAGUUCCUAAGGGCACUCUACCAAUGCCUUGGGGUCAAACUAGCCUUCUCAUUGGCCUACCACCCAGAAUGGGACAGACAAACAGAAAGGGUGAACCAAUUCAUUGAGUUCUACCUCAGGUCUUAUGUUGCGGCAGACCACUCAGACUGGGCCACCUGGUUGCCAUUAGCAGAAUAUGCCUACAACAAUGCUAGACACGCCGCCACCAGAAAAACCCCUUUUGAGUUAGUUUAUGGAAGAAACCCUGUCAUGAACCUGUCCAAUGUUCCGGCAAAUGUCCCAGAAGCCAACCACGUGGCCAACACCUUGGCUCAAGAAUGGAAGGAAGCAGAAUCAUCCUUGAGAUUGACAAAAGAGAGAAUGGUCAGGGAAAAAGGAACAUUACUGGAGUACUCAAUUGGCAAAAAAGUUUGGUUGGACAGAAAAAACAUAGAGCUCAGGACCAACUCCAACAAGCUAGACCCCAAAUGCCUAGGCCCCUUUGAAGUCACAGAGGAAAUUUCCAGCCAUGCCUACCACUUGAAACUUCCCAAAUCCCUGAAAAUUCACAACAUUUUCUAUGUAGGAUUGCUAUCCAAGAGUCACAAGUCACCAAGUCAGCCCUUCCCAGAACAACCCCCUCCUGAAACAAUAGAAGGGGAAGAAGAAUACAAGGUUGAACAAAUCAUUGAUUCUAAGCAACAACAAGGGAAAUGGUUUUACCUGAUAAAAUGGAAAGAAUAUGGCCCUGAAGACAACUCCUGGGAACUGGAAGAACUGUUGGAACACAGCCAAGACAAGAUAAAGUGUUUCAAUCAGGCUAGACUCAAAAAGGCUUGUGACGCCGCUGUGGCUUGGUCAGGAGACAUGCCAGCAAAGGCAUGGGUCAUGACAGCCGCCAAGAGCCUUUAA